AUGCAGGCCAAAGAGAUGGAACAAGUUCUUCAUUUCAAAGAAGGCCUCACAGAAUUCGCCGGAGAUAUUUAUGACAAAAUUAUCAAAUUACAAGCCGCAAGUUUAGCGAACUCUCUAUUUUCGCCCAUGAGUGUUUAUUGUGCCUCGUUGUUGAUGAUGGCCGGAGUCGACGGCGAAACACUGCAGGAGAUGCAGCAGGUGCUUCACAUUCCCCCGAAACUCAGAUCGGACGCUGUUCAUCAGUCAUAUGGACCAAUAAUUUCGGAGUAUUUCGAAGCGUCCAGCGACGUGGACUUGAACCUUGCUAAUCGAUUGUACCUUCUAAAAUCGAUCGAUAUUCGGCCGGAAUACAGUGCACUAGUUGCCAAGUGUUACAAGGCCUCAGUUGAGCUGGCGAAACGACGUCACAUUAACGCCUGGGUCGCAAAAAACACGAAGAACAAAAUUGAGGAACUGUUGCCGCCUAGUUUUCUCGACCAGAACUCGAUAUUUCUGCUAAUCAACGCGUUGUAUUUUCGAGGCUCAUGGGAUCACCAGUUUGAUAAGGAAAAAACUCGAGAGAGUGACUUUCAUUGCUUGAACGGGGAAUCAAUGAAAGUGCAAAUGAUGUAUGGGAAAUCGUCAUUCAAUCUGGCUGAUCUCUCAGAACUGGACUGUAUGGCUAUAAAACUUCCUUUUCGACGGAACGAUUCCCACAGUGAAUGGGCGCUAUUGAUUUUGUUGCCACACGAAACAGCUGGUUUGCCGAAACUACUUUCCAGAUUACAAGUACCAGGACAAUUGGCUUCCGCAUUGAGAGGCCCGUUCCACAUGGAAGAAUCCCACUUGUUUCUUCCGAAAUUCAAGCUCGCAGAUCAACCCAUGAUAGAUUUGAAGCCAAUUUUGUAUGAAUGUGGAAUGAAGAAAUUGUUUGAUGAAGGAGACUUGUCCAGGUUGUCCCAAUCGCGCUUGUCGGUGAGCAACGCGUCUCACAAAGCCGUGCUCGAGCUUGAUGAAGAAGGGGUGACAGCAGCUGCCGCAACAAUAUUCACUAUGUAUGGCAGCUGUCGGUUGCCUAGGACAAUUUCUGUUGAUCAUCCGUUCUUCUUUGCCCUCGUGUGUGAUUCCACCAUGCCCGUAUUUGUUGGACACGUUGUCAUCCCGAAGUUCGACUAAUAGCCGUACAGCGCUGUCAUUUCUGGGUUUUUACAAUGAAUCGUUUAAACCUCCAUGUAUAUUUUGUGAGUGGCCGGAAUAAACAGAUGUUUCGUUCGUUCAGAACUAUGUCUAUGGCGGAGCGAACGUAGACAUCUCUCACACACUGCACACACUAUGAAUGAAUAAAAGCUGAUAAAUUCGGCGGAGUCUCUGAACAUUUAGUGCCUCUCACAGGAAGCGAUUUUUCCUAUUCAACGGAAGAGUCAGUGGAAA